AUGGAUGAGGAUUUGCAGUAUGUUGAAAUCUAUAGAAAUAAUGACAGGUUACAAGAGGAAAUAGACAAGCUGUUGAGAGAUGUUGGUUUGAUAUUGAAUAAUGCGUUAUUAGAAGGUGAUAAGAGGAUUUUGUGUCAUGGCAUUUUGACAAGAUUCAAUAAUUUUAUUGAGGAAUACGAGCCUCAACCUCAGCUUUUAGAAAGUCGGUUACUUGGUUAUAUUGAGAGGCUACUGAGCUUUUUUUUGCAAAAUGACAUUGUUGCCGAGUCUAUUGGGUCUAGCGUAUAUACGCUUGCUAGAAUCUGUGGUUUCAAAACUGUUAUUUUGAAAUUCCCGACAAAUGUAUACCUUGUCAAUACUUUGAUUACAAAGUGCCAAAAUACAAACAUUGACUCGGCAAAAUUUGUUUGCCUUUUAUGGCUAUGCAACUUGGUGCUUGUUCCGUUCCCAUUGAAUACAAUUGACGUGGUUAUGCCCCAAAAGAUUUAUGCCAUUGGAAUGGAAAAUUUGCAAAAAUACACAAAUUGUUCCAAAGUCCAAAUCGUAUCGCUGAUGCUCCUUUCAAGAUUGUUGACUAGGGCGGACUGUGUGCUGAAGUUGGACCAGUACAUAGAUGACGUUGAUGCAAACUGGUUCACUACAACCUCAAACAACUCAAAAUUGGGGCAUUUACUAGUGAUAAACAAGAUUUUGAAAAGAACACAAUUGAAGCAGUUGCAGUUGAACAAUGUUUACAAUUGUAUCAUUGUUGAUAUCCUAGAGUUUAAUGUAUCAAAUUUGAAUGUGUUGUACAUGAUCAAAAUUCUAAGCAAAUUGGGCAGCACUUGCAUCCAACAAAAUAACUACAACAUGGCUAGUCAAAUUAUAAACAACUUGAUCAAUGAUAUUUUGCUUGGUGAUGUAAUCACAUUUGAUACCAAUUUAAGAUACGCCAUGGCCAAGGCCAUAACUUGCAUAAUAACGCAAUUAUCAAAUCAAGCAAUCAAUUACCAAGAACAAUUGAUCCAAUUUCUCAUCAAACUAGUAGAUACAGAGAUGAGUGACGACGAAGUAAAUAUACCAAAAACGCAUACAAUGUUGCUAACUUUAGGGUAUAUCUCAUUGCUGAAGAAAAAUUUGCAAACAUAUGAAAAAGAUUGUCUUAAAAUCGCAACUAGAUUUCUAUUUUUCAAUGUUAAAAGAGGAACGUUGCGCUUGGGAAGCCAAAUUCGUGACUCCUCGUGUUUUCUAAUCUGGGCCAUUGUUCGAAAUAAAAAAACGGGGAUAGAAGGAAUAAGAAGGGCAUUUGUUGAUCUACUAAAAGUUUUAGUGUUUGACUCCGAAUUGAUUUUGAAAAAAUGCAGUCUUGCUGUGAUUCAGGAAAUCUUGGGGAGGUUUGGUAGUGAAUUGGUACCUAUAGAGAAUAGUGAAUUGAAAGGUGAGUUUAUUGUCAAAUUUAUAGAGACCCUUGGGUCUUUACAUUUAAACCAAAGAAUAUGUUAUAUGUUUAUUGACCAGUUUUACGAUAAAAUUGAUUUAAGCUUUUUAAUUUUGCCAUUGGUCAACAUUAUUUGUGAAGAAAAUGGUGAUGGUCUGUACUUGAACAAAUUGAUUGAACAGCCAAAAGAUGAUAGAGUACGUUUAGUGCCGAUUCAAGAAAUUGAAUUGAGCUUGAUUGAGACGCGAUUGAUUAAAGCCCACAGAUGGCAUAUCUUUCAUGAUAUUGAAAAGCUUCAAUAUUGUGUUGCGGAGUUAUUUGACAAGUUUGAAAUGAAUGCUUCAAACAGUAAUUUGAUCAAGGGAUAUUUGAUUUAUUUAAAGGAUAGAAAAUUGGAUGAUAAUGAUUGGCAUAAUCUUUUCAAAAUAUUGAAAUCUGAUAAAUUUGUCGAGGAAUUUCGACAAGUAAUUUCAACUCAAACAGAGUUACCAUUUGAAGAGAUCUUGUAUCAUUUACCGUACAGCUCGGUUUUGUCGCACACAUUAUUCAACUUCAAAUACUUUGAUGUGACUGAAUAUGAGAAAAUUAUCAAUUUAUUAAAGAGCCCUCAAGUAAAUGCCUAUAUCAGGGCCAAUCUAAUCGAAAAUCUUGCUUCCAAUAUACCCGCUCAUUUCAAGAUUGAAAAGCUUUACGAUUUAUUUGACGAUUAUACCAUCACUGAGCAAGGCGACGUUGGGUCGAGAAUUAGAAUGAAUAUGAUCAAACUAGUGCGUGAUAAUAGAAUAAUGGAUGAUCAAGUGAAGCUCAAAUUGGCUCGUUUGAGUGGUGAAAUCAUGGAUAAUCUUAGAUAUGCAGCGUUUGAAACACUAACUGGAGAAACGAAAUUUUCUUGGAAAAGUUUGUUUGCCUUGAUGGAAAAGAAUGCUGACGCUGAUUUCGAAAUGAAAGUGGAACUUUGGCGAGGUGUAGUGUUUACUGCGGGGUCAUCAAUUGGAAAUACCAAAGAGAUUAACCAAUCAAUUAAAGAACUUUUGCUUUAUGCACCUAAACUCAAAGAUGUUCAAAUCUUGAUAUCGUUUUUGCAAAAGCCGGUUUCUCGUCGUCAAAUGUCAAGUAGAGAGAACAAAUGUAUACAAGUUACUUUACAGUUGAUAUUGAAAUUGUUCCAGUGUAACUACCAGUUUCCCGAGGGGAUAAACUACAUGGAGAUAUUUAUAAAGUGUUACAAUUUGCACAUCAAUACCAGGAAUUUAACUCGAAUAAAAACGGUUUUACAAAUAUUUUAUCAGCUCACCUUCAAAUCACCUUCUUUGCAACUGAAGGUGUAUUCUAGAUUUUCGUGGAUCAUAAACAGUUGUCCCUUGAAUGAGAUUAGAGUAUUUCUUGGUGAAGUUAUUCUUUUCCAUAUAGUGAAUGAUUUGAAUAAUGAGACCAUUUUUGCACGAUAUGAGGAAAUUGACUGGUUCAAAAUUGAUGACUCGGUUAAAGAGUUUGUAAAUGAUAUUCUCACUAUGAAAACGGGCUCACUAUGA